AUGGAGCCGCGGACAGAUGGAGCAGAAUGCGGUGUUCAGGUAACAUAUUUUAUAUUCAUUUCUGUGUUCUGUCGUAUUCGACCUCUGAACAAGACAGAAGAGAAAAAUGCGGACCGUUUUCUUCCCAAAUUCCCUUCCGAGGACAGUAUUUCACUGGGGGGUAAAGUAUUCGUGUUCGAUAAAGUGUUCAAGCCGAACACGACUCAAGAACAAGUCUACAAGGGAGCUGCCUAUCACAUUGUGCAGGAUGUGCUCUCUGGAUACAAUGGAACCGUUUUUGCCUACGGACAAACAUCUUCCGGAAAAACCCACACCAUGGAGGGAGUAAUUGGCGAUGGAAAUCUGUCUGGAAUCAUUCCGCGAAUUGUCGCUGACAUUUUCAACCACAUUUACAACAUGGAUGAAAACCUCCAAUUCCACAUCAAAGUGUCCUACUAUGAGAUUUACAAUGAGAAGAUUCGGGAUUUGUUAGACCCCGAGAAGGUCAAUCUAUCUAUUCACGAAGACAAAAAUCGGGUACCUUAUGUGAAAGGAGCAACUGAAAGAUUUGUUGGUGGACCAGAUGAAGUUCUGCAGGCGAUCGAAGACGGAAAAUCAAACAGAAUGGUAGCAGUAACGAACAUGAACGAGCACUCUUCCCGCUCUCACUCAGUAUUCUUGAUCACUGUAAAACAAGAACAUCAGACAACAAAGAAACAGCUCACUGGAAAGCUGUAUUUGGUUGAUUUAGCUGGUUCUGAAAAAGUGAGCAAGACUGGUGCGCAGGGAGCUGUGUUGGAAGAAGCCAAGAACAUCAACAAAUCACUCACGGCACUCGGAAUUGUUAUUUCAGCUUUGGCUGAAGGAACGAAAUCGCAUGUUCCAUAUCGUGAUUCAAAGUUGACUCGUAUUCUUCAAGAAUCUCUUGGAGGAAACUCUCGAACGACAGUUAUCAUCUGUGCUUCACCCUCACAUUUCAACGAGGCUGAAACAAAAUCGACACUUCUUUUCGGUCAACGUGCCAAAACAAUCAAGAACGUUGUACAAAUCAACGAAGAGCUCACUGCUGAAGAAUGGAAGAGGCGGUACGAGAAGGAGAAGGAGAAAGUUACUCGACUAUCUGCUCUGCUUCAAGCCGCAGCUUUAGAACUUUCACGAUGGAGAGUUGGAGAAUCAGUAUCAGAAAUGGAAUGGGUCAAUCUAUCAGAGACUGCUCAAAUGGCAGUUUCAGAAGUUUCCGGAGGAUCUACUCCACUCAUGGAACGAUCUAUCGCUCCAGCGCCACCAAUGCUCACCUCUACAACUGGACCAAUCACAGAUGAAGAGAAAAAGAAGUACGAAGAAGAGCGUGUCAAACUCUACCAACAACUCGACGAGAAAGAUGACGAGAUUCAAAAAGUUUCUCAAGAGCUCGAGAAGCUCCGACAACAAGUUCUUCUUCAAGAAGAAGCCCUCGGAACAAUGCGCGAGAACGAAGAGUUGAUUCGUGAAGAGAACAACAGAUUCCAAAAGGAGGCCGAAGAUAAGCAGCAAGAAGGAAAGGAAAUGAUGACUGCUUUGGAAGAGAUCGCAGUGAAUUUGGAUGUACGACAAGCGGAAUGUGAGAAGCUGAAGCGCGAGUUGGAAGUGGUUCAGGAAGAUAACCAGAGCUUAGAAGACCGUAUGAAUCAAGCAACAUCCCUUCUGAAUGCGCAUCUCGACGAAUGUGGUCCAAAGAUUCGCCACUUCAAAGAAGGAAUCUACAACGUCAUUCGCGAAUUCAAUAUCGCUGAUAUUUCCACUCAAAACGAUCAACUCCCCGAUCACGAUCUUCUGAACCAUGUCAGAAUCGGAGUUUCCAAAUUGUUCUCCGAAUAUUCAGCUGCAAAGGAAACCAGCACUGCCGCUGAACACGACGCAGAAGCCAAACUGGCUGCAGAUGUCGCUCGAGUUGAGUCUGGUCAAGAUGCAGGAAGAAUGAAGCAACUGCUCGUAAAGGAUCAAGCUGCUAAAGAGAUUAAACCUCUUACUGAUCGUGUAAAUAUGGAGUUGACAACCUUGAAGAAUCUCAAGAAGGAGUUUAUGCGAGUUCUUAUUACUCGGUGUCAAGCCAAUCAGGAUAUCGAGGGUGAGGACUCCCUGAGUGGACCAGCUCAAAAACAACGAAUCCAAUUCUUGGAGAACAACUUGGAUAAACUGACCAAGGUCCAUAAGCAGCUCGUUCGAGACAACGCUGACUUGCGAGUGGAACUUCCAAAGAUGGAGGCUCGGCUUCGUGGACGUGAGGAUCGCAUCAAAAUGCUAGAAACCGCUCUCCGUGAUUCAAAGCAGCGCAGUCAGGCUGAGCGAAAGAAGUAUCAGCAAGAAGUGGAGAGAAUCAAGGAAGCCGUCCGGCAACGCAAUAUGCGACGAAUGAAUGCUCCACAAAUUGUGAAGCCUAUCCGUCCUGGACAGGUUUACACUUCACCAUCAGCAGGAAUGUCGCAGGGAGCUAAUAAUGGAUCCAAUGGUGUGUUUAACGGGCAGCAGCCAUCACCAGCUCCACCUUUUAACAAUCAGUUCCCAUCAAAAUGA